GCGCGCUCGCGCUACAGCAUAAAUCACGAAAUAAUUGAACGUUAUUUCCGGUCAUUUGUUGUGGCAAAUUUCAAUCAUUCGAGAUAUCCUACAUUUUCAGGCCUCUUCCGGCUUCCAAUGCUGAUGCAUGAGAGAUCCACCAACUUCUUCAUCGUCGUGAUCUAACAAAAUUCCACCAUGCCUCUGCUAGGUCCUCAGCUGGUGUUUACCCUGGUCAUGUCCAGUAUCAUGCAGAAGGUCAUUGUACCCUAUCACUCCUUUGCUCAAUGGCUCCUUGCUAGAGGAAAUCUGAAGUACUUCAAUUAUCCAUCCGACGAUGACCUGAAGAAAGCUGCAGGGAUUAUCCAGAGUAGAGGAAGACAUAAGAGAAACAGACCCGAAAACUUCAACAAGAGGAACGGUGCUGCCUUGGGCGACCAGACAUUCACUGUGCCCAAGAACAUUGACAUAGACCUCGGCAGUGAGACCCUCCAGCCGUCCCACCUCCUCACCAUCCGCUACUACGGAGAGUUCAAAUGGCUUCUAGAUUUCACUGUCAUGGCGACGGUGGUGUACACGGUGACUGAAGCGUAUUAUGCUCUGGUCGACACCAAGGGCGAUCUUAAUCUGAGUCUCAUUUGGAUGGUCAUGGGUCUUCUCUUCACGUUACAUGUGUUGUUCUCACUGACCUCUCUCUACUUCAAGUCCGAUGAUGCCGGGGAGAUGGUCCUGUGUGUUACCUUUGGUUUCUUAUUCCUUAUAGUAGCCAUGGCGGUCAUUGUGAUUGAUGAAAACUACCUGGAGUUUGGAGUGGACGAUGCCUAUGAUGAUUUCCUUCAAGGAGCCCAUGAGCACCUAGCCUACAGUGAGCUUGAAUCCCAGGGUCCCAUGUCACGCACCACCUUUGAGUUCCUCCUGGCCUUCGUAGCAGCCCUGCUCGGAGCGUUCAUGACAUUCCCUGGUCUACGACUGGCGAAGAUGCAUAUUGAUGCUCUCAAGUAUAAUGCUCAUCUACCACAUAUGCAGAUUCUUCUGCAUACCAGUUUCCUGUUCCCUCUACUUAUUGCCCUACUGUGGGUGAAGCCAAUAGCAAGAGAUUAUGUUAGGAGUCCUACACUGGGCAAGAAAGUCAAUAUGACUGGGGAUGCAUUAAUGAGUGAUGAAACAUUUGACAUUGUUCGGAUCAGCUUCAUCCCCCUGUUUGCCCUGAUCCGCCUGGCUCUGAUGACGCAGUAUCUACAAGCGUAUCUCAAUAUGGCUCAUGAGAGAAUAGAACAAAUGAGGAAAGAGGCUGGAAGGAUCAACAGUCUUGAUCUACAGAAAAAGGUAAUCCGAGUCUUCUAUUAUCUGUGUGUUGUGGCACUCCAGUACAUCGCACCAGUUAUUCUUCUCUUCUGCUUCAGUUGCCUAUUAAAAACAUCAGCUGGGUACUCGUAUGGGGUAUUCGACCACUUCCAAUCAAACGCUACAAAUGCAAGUGCAACAGCCAUGCCAAACUCUCCACCAUCACCCUCAUCAUCAUCCUCAUCAUCGUCAUCAUCAACGAUCGCAGACGACGUAGCAGCGUUUGUGAACCCUGUGCGUGAAGCUAAAGCCCAGCUCGCGUUCGCUUUAUCAGUCCUUAAACACGUCUUCUCUCCCGUCUUCUUCAAAGGCAUCUUUUCCUUCUUGAUUUGGUGGGUUUGUGUGACCUGGUUCAUCACCAGUUCCUUUGGUCUUGCCUUCCACUCCUAUGUCUCUACUAACAGCUAGUCAUCCUGUACCUCAAUAGUUAAGUCCAUAUAUUUAUUCAAUGUUUUUUUGUUGUUGUGCUGAGCCAAAUUUUCAGGUAGGUUUCAGAUCGUUGAUAUGUUAUGAUUCAUCAUUCAUGAAUUGUUAUUCUAUGUCUUCUACUGUUAUUACGAUCUGUAACAAAACAUUAAAUGAUAGAAUUAUUAUUAACCUGUGAUGUGAUAAACCACUACGGCAAAAAUAAACCAUUGAAUGUUGUUAAAAAAUGGCAAGUGAGGGUACCUGAAUGUUGCUUCAUGCAAUAUCAGCAUUAUGAUGUAGUAAAAAGUUAACUUCUUUUCUAGACUUCAAUUAACCCAAUGGCCCAAAUUCACAAAGGAGGUUUGUCGACAUGUGCGUCACAUGAAGCAUUUUGACACGUUUUUACAGAGCAAGGUUUGGAAAAACACGUCAUAUGACGCACAUAAACCUAGGUUUUUUGACAAACCUUCUUUGUGAAUUCGGGCCAAUUAGUCUGUUACAUGGAAGGCAGAGAAGAUUAUACAUUAGAUUAAGUGUAUACAUACAAACUAUAUACUGAAAUAUAUUUUGCCUGCCCAAGGCAUAUAAGAUAUUUAAAAGUCGCUGUAAGAUGUAUUAUUUUCAUUGGAGCUGAGCCUUUCUUUCUUUUGACAGUUCUGGGCCCUGUUUCAUAAAACUUGAUAUCAAUAACAAGUUACAAGCUACUUUUAUAAGCUACUGAAAUCAGGCAUCUGAUUGGCUGAGAUCAAACUUGAUACCAAUACCAAGUUACAAGCUACUGUUAUAAGCUACUGAAAUCAUGGCACCUGAUUGGCUGAGAGCAAAUUUGUCAUAGAAAUUUAGCAGUUGCUAUAGAUAACAAGUUUUAUGAAACGGGGCCCCUGUGGUUUUUCUGGGUGGGACAGUUUGAAUAGUUGGGGGAAAAAGACUGCCAUCCCCUCUUCAUGGUAUGGUGUUGUGACAAUUAUAUGUUCUGUGCGCUGUCACUAGAAGGUAUAUGGUAUCGGUCAAGCGGUUAAACGAUUUCAGACCGACCCAUUCUUUUCCAUUUAGGGUAAUGUCAUUUCUUUUUUGGUCUGUUGUCCAGCUGGUCUCCCUUUUGUUGGUGUGACUUAUGUGUGUUUUGGGAAUGUGUAAAUCCGAUAAAUCUGUUAACUAACAUAUUCAAAUUUUAUGCAUACUUUUUAAACAAAGGUUGUUCUUGACAACCUGAAAGCUUGCCCAAGGCUUUCCGACAUAGCAACAGAUAUUGUAUGCAGAAUGGAUUUUCAGUGAUGUAGUUCAUUCAUUAAUAACGGUUUAAUGGAAUAGCUCGUCACUAGGUCCCCAGGAAAGAUAUAUCCGUAUAUUUGAAUAUCUUAGUAGAAAAGUAAACUGGUCUAUAGGAGUUCAUAUCAGAGAUGAGUGUAUUUUUUCUAAACCUGAUUUAUUAUUCUCCAAUCUCAUUUUACUAUGUGAGAUCAUGUAUUCACAGUUGUGCAAGAUUUUUUUUUUUUUGUACAACUCUGUAAUUAUGGGUGAAGGUUAGAUGACAUAACUUCUUGUGGUAUUUUCUUGAUACUUGUUGAAGCUAGAGUGAAGUGUAUAGCAAACAGUUAGUUAAAUGAUCUGCAGUGAAUUUAGCAAUGUAGAUUUUGUCGGUGUGCAAUAUAUAUUUAGCUCAAAAACAGUAAAUUGGUCACUUCUUUACCACACAGCAUUAUACUUGCACAGAUGCAGGUUGUUGUUUUUUGCCAAAAUAUUUUUUGAUAUACACUUACUGGACAUAUUAUUAACUUUCUAAGCCCUUUUGCUACGAACUUUGUGAAUCAUCACUACGAACGCAUUUAGAGGUUGGAAUCGUAUCCAAAGUAUUUAAAAUCAAUUUGAAGAUAUUUGCAUGGUGCUUUUUUUUCUGUUGAUAUAGACUGCUAAUAUCGUGCAUUGAAUUUGCAUAUAUUUUGGCUUUCUGGGGAAAGUGGACUACCUCCAUGUUCUACUGUCUUUAUGAAUUACAUUUUGACUGGUCAAAGCCAAACGAAAUGGCCGAAGAAUGUAAGUGAGGUCUAGAAAAAGUUUGAAAUUAUGUAUAAAAGCAUAACAAGUUCAACAAAUGAUAAAAACAAUAAAAAAGAAAUCUUGGUGCCCAGAGACACUUGCUACGGUACAGGAUACCAGUAUUUACCUCUUGUAUUUAAAAUUGUAUGAAUUACAAUUCUCGCUACCCCAAAUAGCGAUUCUGCCGAGAUCCGGGGAAAAUCCUGAAAACGCGCAUUGCAUUAUGGGAUAGCUUUUCG